AUGAAGCCUAUAAUAGUCAAUGGCAGGUACCGGGUCAAGUCCAAACUUGGCGAGGGCGGGUUCGGUCUCGUCUAUGACGGCUGUGACAUCAAGUCAGGUGAAGAGGUGGCGAUGAAGCUUGUGCACAUAAGAGAUGACCCCAGAAUCCUCGAAGACGAAGCAAGCAUCUACAGAGCACUCGCAGGAGGGCCGGGAAUACCGCGGGUUCUUUGGUACGGCCAGCAGGAUGACUUCUAUGUGUUGGUCCAGGAGCUUCUCGGGCCCUCACUCGAAGACUUGUUCAACUUCUGCGACCGGCAGUUCUCGCUCAAAACAGUCCUUCUUAUCGCUGACCAGGCCAUCUCGCGGAUCCAGUACAUCCAUGACAAGCACUACUUGCAUCAUGACAUCAAGCCGGAUAAUUUUCUCAUGGGACUCGGGCGGCGCGGCAACAUAAUAUAUGCGAUUGACUUUGGUCUAGCCCAGGAGUUCUCUGGCCUGGCUUCGGAGGGGCACAGUCACGGCCGCACGCUUCGAUAUGCCAGCAUCAACAACCACAACAGACGUAAACAGUCCUGGGGUGAUGACUUGGAGUCACUUGGAUAUGUCCUCUUGUACUUCAUUCGUGGUUCCCUGCCCUGGCAAGGCCGUAAAGCAGUGAAAGAGGAAGAGAAGAACAAUUUGAUCAAAGAGAUCAAGACGGAUAUCACAACAAACACCUUAUGCGAGGGGUUACCAGAAGAGUUUGCCACAUAUCUUGAUUAUGUUCGCUCAUUGGGCUUCGAAGACAGGCCAGACUAUGCAUACCUUCGUCGGCUCUUUGAUCGCCUGUUUAUGGCCCGCGGGUUCAAGCACGACAACGUGUUCGACUGGACAGAGAAGCGAUUCAGCGAGCUGCACGGUCAUGUCGUCCCGUCGUAG